UCUGUUUUAUUUUGGUUAUGCCUAUGCCAGCGAAACAAACGCCGACUAGCACAGCGCAACGCUACUCUCUCCGCUCUUCAGGUAGUGCAAUUCUCUUCGAUCACACCACCAUGCACUCCAUUUUCGCACGUUAAUAAUGAACCGCUAGUCAGCGCGACGCACGAAGUUGGCACUCACACUCACGCAACCUAACUUGCCUUACAAUUUUCAAUUUGAUUUCGUGGAUAAAUUAUAACUUCCACUCAAGAAACACUGUGUUUUUCACAAAACCUUCACUUUUCUCACUUAGAUGAAGCAUCACAGAUCACAACUUUACACUUUUUAACAAGUUUGACCCCUAAAAUCACUUAUAAAUCAAUGACAUUAACGGAUAGCUUUCGGGGCACGUAUUAUCAGUUAGCCUUGUUGCCAGCCUCCUGGAUAUUUCAAGAAUCGAGGUGAUGUACAGAAACCAAAAGGCGAGGAUGUUGUCAUUCCGAUAAAACCAAUCAUUUCGAUCGAUUUGUCUUUUGACUUUGAUCAUAUCCUAUGGCCGAUUCGUCGUGCAUUUCGGUGCAUCAUGCAAAGUAGCUUAGACAUAUUUACGUUGUUGAAAGUCUUAGGUAUGGAAGUGAAAUCCAACUUUGGUAAAUCUCGAUCUGUGAGAAGUUAAUCGUUAUGCGAUUCAAAAUUUAUCGUGAAAUUGAAGCUUUUAGUGCGCAUUUCUCCAAGCGCCUCUUUUAAAUGGUAAUUUGAAAGGUCUCGAGGAUUUUAAUAUUAUUUUGCAAGUUUGAAAAUACUUUUUUAUCGAAAAUAUGCAACCGAAAACAAAUUUUCAUUAAAUACUAGCAUUGGAAAAAAAAACAGUCAUUGAGGAUUUUUGGGAAAAUAUUCGUGUAUUAUACAUUUGAGUUGAAAAUGGCUUUCUAAAAAGGUUUUACUUUUUAGAAAAAAAAUAUGGCCGAACACAAUGUUGCUUUAGUUAUAUUUUCUUGUUGCAUUUAUCAAGAAAAUAUAUCCGUGCAAUAACAAGGUGCAACAUAAUGUAGCUAUAUUGUUUACUAACCGCAUUAUAAAAACAUGAAGUUUUAAUUAAGUUUGAGAACACUACCUUACAAUACUGCAAUAUUGCAGUGCUAUAAGUAAUAAUGAUUUAUUGGAAACUGCACAAUUCCAUAACGAACCUUUUAUGAUCUGAUUGAAAUCUCUUUAAUCUUCUCAAAAAUUGAAAAAAAAAACAAUUAAAGGAACGAAUACUAACUGCAUGCGAACAAAUGCAUGUUACUUACAAAUAUACCUGUCAAAUGCCAGAAUGUUGUGAACCCCUUGGCGCUAUAAUUUAUGUCAGCACAGAAACCGGGACAAAAACAAUUUUUUGUGAAACACACAAAGUUAAAUGCUCACGCGCAAUGAAAACAUCUGGUUGCACUGGCGUAUUGUCUGGAAAAACAUUCUGAUGUACGAAUCAGACCCAGUACAAAAUGGCGUUUUCAGUAGUACAAACGAGAAAAACUUUGUUGUCGAAACCUGCUUUAACUAUUGUUCCCUCGCUUUGGGUGUCGGAAGAUACCGUGAAAUGGCCACCGAACAACCUUAUUUCUCUAUCCAGAAAUGAGCAGGCUUAUCCCGGUAAGGAAUGGAAAACACGUAAAUGCAAAAUUUUGGGACAUCGCUCUUCGUAUAAACAAGCCGAGCAACUAAUUGAGUAUUUGGAAGAGAUAACGGAUUCCGGCGACGCCGUACAACAGAGCAGAGGAACGCGAUGCCGACCGCCGAAAAAGCUGGAAAAAAUACGAAUGAAUUUGUACACCUUGAAGCCAAAAAACAAGGCAGCGAAUAAUUUGUGCAUCACUGAUGUACAGCUCGAAUUAAAUGAAAUAAAUCCAACACCAAAUAUUGUUAUACCAGAAGGUGCAAUGGGUAAAGCGGAUCAGGCGGACUCGAUUGCAAUAGAAAAUUCCAGUCAAGCAGAAUUUUAUGUGCAGGAUGAAACAGAAUUUAUUUGUAUCAAUGAACCGCCUUACCUGACGGAAUUAGUACAAACAGAUCAAUCAAACGGUAUCGAUGAGGAAAACGAUCAGCAAAAUUAUCAAAUUCAUGAGUCGGAUAGGUUGACUCAAAUUGAGGCUAAAAUCGAUACACAGCAAGCAGUUUUGGAGAAAAUACUUUGCUUUAUGGCAAAUAUAAACAAACUUUUGGAGUAUCAGCAGCCUGCACGGGAAAAAGAACAUGUAGCCAAAGCUGAAUUUUUUUCUGAAUUCGAAAGCAUGAAAAAAUUGAAACUGAUUAAGAGCUACACGCGCUAGAAGAGUGUCUAAAAAAUACAGAUUUCGAAGGCAAAUAUUUCAGGUAUUUCCAUACAAUCUAUAACCUCACAGGAAAAAAAGAAGGAGCUCCCUUUUUUCGAACUGCUAUAAGAAAAUUAAUUAAUCCUACGGUUUUAUUGGAUUAUUCAUGGGAAGGAAAUAGUCGUGCUAAACAAAAUACGAUUGAAGCAACGAAGAAUAAAAGUUUCAGGGACAGUUUUCCUCACAUAGUUGAGUUUUUGAACCGUGUAGUUAAAGCUGAAGAUUGCGAAUACACCAAGGAACAAAACGAGAAGGUUUUCAGUGAUUUUUUGAGACAAAAACUAACAGAGGUGAAACGAUAUGGCUCCGGUCAAUCAGUGAAACGGGUUGCGUGUAAGCGCAAAAGAAAGAUCAACGAUUUAUUACAUACCGCAAGCACAGAAGAUGUGGUACACUCGAACGACCAGGAUUUGGAAGAUGUGUCAACAGACUAUUGUUCGCUAAUGCAAUAAAAUUGUUACUAAAUCAAUUUUGUUAAAAUUUAGUGUCAUUAGACACCUUGCGUUAGGGUAAACUUAUCUUAGCGCUGAUGAUUUGACGAAUAAGUUUGGAAAUGUAGAGAAAAGCCUGCGUGUGCAAUUUUUAGUUGGAGUUUGAUUGAUUUAUUUUAUUUUAACAAAUAAAUAUUCAAUAAAAACAAUACAUAGUCUUUUUCAGGCGAGUUGCUUCUAGAGUUUACAAUUCGAAUUAAAUAAAACAAGUGCUCUUGGAUUGUAUGAAUAAGUGGUACAA